UGCGCUGGCAACAGUCUCCACCCCCCUCCCCUCACACUCUUCCUGCCCACCACUGAGACCACCCUUCGCACCCCCCCCCCCCUCCCGCUCUCUCCGCUCCUCCUCUCCCUUCCUCCAGUCUCUGCUAGAGACAAGCUUUUAAGCACUCGCCACAGUGGCUCGCGAUGGACAGCGUUAGGCAGGCUCAGUGACCCCUCUCACAGUAUAGCGACUUGACUGAAAUCAGUGCUGACAAACGCUCUCGCCACCGCGUAGAGGGAGAGUGAGAGACAGAAAGAGCGCCCUGUGGACUAUUCGUCAGCUAAUAUCAGAAUUUUAAAUUACAGGGUUCGAACCUGCAAAGCGAGGAGCUUUCUUGACACAUCUCCAGUCGCUCCACAUCUAGAAUAGCCACGAUGGAAGAGGAUAUGGAGGAGGGGCAGAACCAGAAGGGAUGCCUGGAGUGCUGCAUCAAAUGCCUGGGCGGGAUCCCCUACCCGUCUCUCAUCGCCACCAUCCUGCUGUACGCCGGGGUGGCCCUGUUCUGCGGCUGUGGGCACGAGGCCUUGUCGGGCACCGUCACCAUCCUGCAAAACUACUUUGAGGUGGUGAGGAGCCCCAUGGACUCUCUGGACGUCUUCACCAUGAUUGACAUCAUCAAGUACGUCAUCUACGGCAUCGCCUCGGCCUUCUUCGUGUACGGCAUCCUGCUGAUGGUGGAGGGCUUCUUCACCAGCGGGGCCAUCAAGGACCUGUAUGGAGACUUCAAGAUCACCACUUGUGGACGCUGUGUCAGCGCCUGGUUCAUCAUGCUGACGUAUAUCUUCAUGCUGGCCUGGCUGGGGGUGACGGCGUUCACCUCCCUUCCGGUCUUCAUGUACUUUAACAUCUGGACCAUUUGCCAAAACACAACCAUGCUGGAGGGGGUUACCCUAUGUUUGGACCCGCGCCAGUAUGGGAUCGUGCCAAUUGCUGAGGCCAAAACAGUGUGUACUAAAUCUGAGAAGUUUUACAAGAUGUGUGAAUCGAACGAGCUGGAUAUGACCUUCCACCUGUUCAUCUGUGCUCUGGCUGGGGCGGGAGCUGCAGUUAUUGCUAUGAUCCACUACCUGAUGGUGCUCUCAGCCAACUGGGCGUACGUGAAGGACGCCUGCAGGAUGCAGAAGUACGAAGACAUCAAGUCCAAGGAGGAACAGGAGCUCCACGACAUCCACUCCACCCGCUCCAAGGAGCGUCUCAACGCCUACACAUAAGACCAGGGAGAGGCCUGUCGCUGCCACUCCACCCCUCCCCCCCCCUCUCUCUCUAUCUCUCCACCAUCCCCUCCUGAGGGGGGCGCUCAGGGCCCCCGCCACUGCUGAUGUCACUGGUGCGUCAUGUGACAUAGUGGUCCGGGGACCCUUCACCCCCCCCUGCCCCCACAAACAGCAUUUCAAACGACAUCAGCCCCAUUCACCUCUGUCAUGGACUGUCAUGUUAUUAUUAGUAUUAUAAUUACGUAUCGGUUGGGUUAUUGUUGUUGAUAGUGUGUAGGGUAGUUUUACUAUUGUAGACGGUAGUGUAGAGUUGGAGUAAAGUUUAAAAGUAGCAGUUUAUUUUUGUAUUUUCUUUGUAGGAGAUUUUUUACAUCCAGUAUUAGAAUUUCUUUUUUUUUUAUUGGUUUUCUUUUAUUUUUACUGAUAGAAAAAAAUAUUUUAUCUUUAUUUUGUUUUUAUUUACUAUUUAUUUUUUUCAUUUAUGAGGUGGUCUGUUGGGGCUUAAAAAGGGUUUCAAGCACAUUUCUCAUGUUUGUGUAUUUUAAAAAAAGUUUCAUUUUCAAGAACUGUAUUUACAUUGAUGAACGGGGGUAAUCUGUUUUGAAGACUAAAAAUAUUUUCAAUCUCACAGGGCAACUAUAAAAAGCAUCUCUAGCCUUUUAGAUAAUGUAGCAGUACUGUACUGCCAUGAACUGGGAUGAAAAUAACUUGAAGUGAAAGGAAUUCGAAUCUUACAAUUGUUUUUUGUAAUUGCAGUUUCACAAUAGCAUGCCAAUUAAGGAUAGAUACCAAAAUGUUACACGAGAACAGAUAUUAUUUGCUAGCUGUGCCAAGCCUGUUAAACAGGAAACUUUGACCUAGGUCAGUAUCAAAGACAGGAUUCGUCAUUAAAAUGAUAAACUAUGGACUAUUUUAUGAUAAUAGGAAAAGCUAUUUUAGGACAGAAUGGUUCCAUUGUCUUUAAUCCAGCCACAUAAGCACAUGCAAACAUCUUUUCAUAACCCCUUUUUUAAUUUCUUAAAAGUGAACUUUAUAAAUACUAGAAUGAAACAAGUUUUUGCAGAUAUCUGCAGUGUAUAUAUUGAUAUAUAAAUGCAUACCUAUAUGUUGAGCACUUCAAUAUCAGGACGAUUCAUACAAGAAUGAAAAGAGAUCACUGUGGUUAAAUCCACAACUCAUCUAUCAGUCUUACUCAAAUCUUGACGAUAAAAAAAAUUAAGUUGUUGGUGUUGUGGCACUUUUUGGAUGGGCUGUAAGAAAAAUGUGUCACAGUAAGUAAUUUUGUUCAUGACAGUAAAAGUCUGAUUGUCUUGCUUACACGUCAUCAUGCCAUAGGACAACAAACAUGGCCUAUCAUUUCAUUGCCUGGCAAUAUUUGUUUUGUCAGUACUUCUAAGAGCUAGUUUCGUGCACUCAUUUGACCAUUUCUGUGCUCUCUCUAGGUGUAAGCGCAUUGGUGUUCAACUCUGAGUUGGAUAACUGUACUGUUAGGUAAAGACUGUGAAUUUAGAUGUUUUUUGUGGCAUGGACAUGCAUUAAUGGUAUAGUAUUAUUGACUCAAAUGUCAUUUUAUUUCACUUUUUUACACUUAUACUGUCUUGCUGGGUCAACCCCUUGUUUAUAUGUGCAGUACUAAAACUCCCACGCUUACCGCAUUAUGCUGAUGAUAUUAGACUGUAGUGUUUGAGUCGUCUCUCUUUAGUUGUGUGAUGGGCUUUAAAUCCACGUCUUAACCUGAUCAGGACCAGCGUGGCUUCUUCUGUUACGACCUGACAAGACAAACGCUUUCUGCUUCUUCCUUGUAUUAGUCUUUUGUACUUUCACCAAGAAUGCUUAGUAGCAGGCUUAUAAUUGAUUCAGUUUUUUUUGUACAUACAUGUGCCAACAGCUUGAAGUGGCUUUCCUGACCUGUAGGAUCAAAUUUGCUUGCAUAAAUAAAAAUUCACUUGUGUACUUGUUAAUAAAUA